UCACUGAGAGGCGCCGCUCUUAUUUCCCAGCGCAGUGCUCACAUUAACGCUCAGAGCCGCACUCAUCCUCAUCCUGAGAGCUUCAUCAUGUCUACAGCUCCUGCUGGCUGCCUCUUCAUCCUCGCCUUCGUCCUGGCAAGCGGGCAUGGAAGGAUCAUUGGGCCUUACUCUCCAAACCUGAAAACCUCCAGCCUUUCAAUGACCAAAAACAUGUGCUCUGACUGUGUCACGAUCAUGGAGCUGUUCUCUGAUAUGCUUUCACAUCCAGAGACGCAGGACAUGAUCCAAGAGACCUUCUUCGAUAUCUGUCGUCGUCUCCCUCAAGGCAGGGUUAUUAGCGACUGUUUGGAUUUCGUGCGAAAGUAUCUGCCGCUUGUCGUACAAAGAUUUGUUGCGUUCACUGCACAUAAGGAAGGAGAGAUAUGCACCAUGCUUGGACUGUGUGCUGUCCAGCCGGAACACAGAGCUCCAGAGUUGCUCAAUGUUGGGCUGCAGGAAGUGCAGCUUUCAAGAGGAACUUCUCAGGAGUUCCAAGUCAGCCCACAGUGCACCUUCUGCCUUUUCCUCAUCAAAAAAUUGGAGGACAUGCUGCCAAAAGAGAGAACCGAAGAGACUGUGGUGAAGCUUCUGGAGAAAAUCUGCGACCACUUGCCCGAACACUACAAAGAUCAGUGCAACAAUAUUCUGGAAAAUUACGGCAAGCAGAUCAUCGACUUUCUGCUCACUUCUGCCACUCCGCACACCAUAUGCAUGUUCCUGCACUUAUGUCUAGUCCAGGAUACACCUGCUCUGGAGCCAGCUCUGCCCUCACACUGUAAAACCUGUAAAAACCUCAUGAUCCUGACUCGGAUUCACCUCGACCAGAAUGCCACCGAGAUCCAGACAGCUUCUUUGCUCUGGAAGACAUGCCACCGCCACCCCAACGCCCUUCCAGGGUGUGAGCCGUUCAUCCAGAGUCAUGUCACAAAACUAGUGAACAUUGUGAGCAAACAAGAGGAAGCUGUAAACGCCUGCCAGAUGUUCUUCUGUGCAGGAGAGGAAUAACAUGAUGGACAUUCAAGCGAAGAACCUGUGAAGUCUGUUUUGUUGUUGUUUUUUUACUCCUGCUCUCGUAUUUUACAAAAUUGAAACUCAAUGAAAAACUUUCACACACAGUAAUCAGAACAACCAUGUAGUCAAUUGCCUGAUUAUUAAGACUUUUUCUGUAACAGAGGUUCAGUUUCUUUUUUCAGUUAUUUAAUUAAUCAAUCCUGGUGAUAUUGUGCCCUACUGAGAAAUCCUACAGCAGUUUACGUUACACGUAGCUUUACUGACAAUUACGACUUCAAACUCGUAAAUACAUGAACUUGCCAGCAGGACCAGAAUAUAAUCAUACUUUUGACCAGAUCAACAGAGAAGAGGAAGAGAGUAGUUGCAUAAAGUUUAACUAAAGUCUAUUUUGCUCUACUUCAGCAGAGUGGAGGAGACUUUUUUGCCUUUGUUUAAACUGUUGUUGUAAAAAAACUUAUUAGGACUUUUAUUUAUGUGUUCCAGUGAUGAAUUAACCAGAAUACACAGAUUUAUGCUGUA